CUACGGUUGAAAAAGAAGUUGCAGGCUGCAGGAGAUCUUAAUCGGUGGAACGUUGCGUGUCCACUUUAACAAAAUUCCUUUUCUUACUCACCAGGCCACUAGCAUCGCAAUUCCCAACCAAAUUUCUUUUCUUUAUCAACUAUCACCUUACACACACAUCACAACACCGUCUUAGCAGUAGUAAGUAACUAGCAUAUCUUCCAUCGCCGUUUCAAAUCUUCGAUUCCAUGGCGCCGCCAACGGCAGUAGUUGAAGGCGGAGACGCCGCAGCAGCACCGCAAGGUAGACAACAAGCCGGUGGUGGAUUUAGCUUAACCGGAAUCAUUCGCAUGGUUGUUUUCUGGUAUUUCGCUUCUAAAUUCUUCUCCCCUGCCUCUAAAAAAUCACCUAACAAUGAACCUGCUAUUCUCAUCUCCAACCUCUUCCAUAAAGCACAGCCUAUGGAUAUGUGGGUUUAUCUUACCGAGAAUGACAAGUUCAACGAAUUUGGUAAUGAAAGUGCUCUUGUAUGGCACGAAACCAAUAUUCUAUAUGCCGAAUGGGGACCUGAGAAUACCAGGACUCUUACUUUGAAUUAUCCCCCGACUGAGUCCUUGAAGCACAAUGGGAGUUUAUAUGCUCAUGUUUUCUUUGCACAAUCUGGAUAUUCGCCUGACCCUAGUGAUCCAGAAUACCAGCCUCAAGCAGCAUUUGGAAGGACACAUCCUGUUGUGAUAUACAAGCCAAAGUCUAAAGCAGAUAAAAGGAAGAGUCUGUUGGGAGCUGAUUCAAGUGAGGGUCAAGUGGCACCUGAGGUCAUUGAUGAUAUUGAAGAUGAUUCUAAAGACGAAGGUCCUGUGGAGUGGCGUGCAUAUUGGAAACCAAAUAUAACGAUUAACCUGAUUGCUGACUUCACUCAGUACCCAAAUACAGGCAUACCACCUAACAUCGCUCCAUACUUGAACAUUGAUCCUAUCACUGGGAACUACUAUCCAACUAUUUUCUUCAAUGAAUUCUGGUUACUGCGGGAUAAGUUGAUAGCUUUGAAUGAGACAGUAACUGAACUCACACUUAAUCUGGAAGUUGGUCCCAUUAGCAUGACGAAAUGGCAAUUAUUCAUGCAAAUUGACCAGUCCUUCCAGAUUCACCGUAGUUACGGAAGCAUGCUUGAUGGUGAGGCUGAUGAACUUAAGAGGGUAUUCUUGGAAGGAAAUCCUUACCUCCUCGGUAUUACCAUGAUUGUUUCUCUUCUUCAUUCAGUAUUUGACUUUUUGGCUUUCAAGAAUGACAUCCAAUUUUGGAACAAAAAUAAGUCUAUGGAAGGACUCUCUGCAAAGACUGUUGUUGUGAGCUUUAUUUGUCAGCUUAUCAUCUUCCUUUAUCUGCUUGACAACGACACCUCUUGGAUGAUUCUUCUAAGCUCUGGAGUUGGUUUGGUUAUUGAGUUCUGGAAAAUUGGAAAAGCCAUGCAUAUAGAGAUUGAUAGGACAGGGAGGAUACCUAUGUUGAGGUUCCGCGAUCGAGAGUCAUAUGCAGGGAACAAGACAAAAGAGUAUGAUGAUAUUGCAAUGAAGUAUUUAACCUAUGUUCUAUUUCUCCUUGCUGCUGGCUUCGCCGUUUACUCACUAAAGUACGAGCGCCACAAGAGCUGGUAUUCUUGGAUUCUGUCUUCCCUCACAAGUUGUGUAUACAUGUUUGGCUUUAUUAUGAUGUGCCCUCAACUGUUCAUCAACUACAAGCUGAAAUCUGUUGCUCACUUACCAUGGAGGCAGAUGACUUACAAGUUUCUCAACACCAUUAUUGAUGAUCUUUUUGCCUUCGUCAUUAAAAUGCCAACACUACAUCGACUUUCUGUCUUCCGUGAUGAUCUUAUCUUCCUUAUAUAUGUAUACCAAAGGUGGAUUUAUCCAGUUGACAAGAAGCGUGUUAAUGAAUUUGGAUUUGGAGGUGAGGAUGAUCAGCCUCCGGCUGUGGAUUCUGCAGAGACUGUUGCUGCUAAGGAAGAAGAGAAGAAAACUAAUUGAUUUGGUUUUUUCUCGAGCACUUGAGGGAGUUGAUACUAAAUAUUCUAGAAUUCAACAGGGAUUAGUUUAUGUUUACUCCCCCUUUGGGCAUACAUUUGCUCUUAAGAUUUUUGUUUGAAGCAAUCUUGGCCCUUACCAUCUGGAAGUUUUUCCAGGACAGAAGGAUGAAGGGUGGUCUGACUACUGCACGGCAGAUUGUGAUGGUCAUGAGGCUUGUAUGAAGAAUGCCUUCUCCCUACCUUUUUUUGUUAUCAAAUAUUUAUGUCUUAUUUUUGGGAUAGGCCAUUUUUUCAUGUAUUUUCUUUUCCCUUCAUUAUGUAUUUUUGACCAAGUUAUCCUUGAUCUUAAAUUAUUAUAGUUUUUUGUAAUUUUUGUUCAACUUUUUUAGCAUUUCAGAUUAAACUAAUUUUUUACA